UAUGUUUUAACCUUGUUCUUCUUCUUCUACAGAUUUCUUCUCUCUUUCUCUUGGCGACUCAUCUAGUCAUCUUAUUCUUGGCACUCGAUCUCUCCAUCUCCGGCCAACUGCCUCUCCCAGCGUCUCUCUCUUCCGACGCGACUUAUUUCCGUCCAAAGCCGACCACUAUUCUCUACCUGGCGUCGCGUCUUAAUCGUCAUCAGAUAAGAUAUCUUUUACUACCUUUCAGGAGAGAAAAGCUCAUCUUCGGCUUCUUCAAAUCAGAUUCUUCUAUCUGUUCGUCGUCUCAAGGUAGUCAAAUCCUUUAAGAUGGGGAAGACAAGGUCUAGACCAGAAGAAUCAUCAACUCGAGCUGAAAAGAAAUUUGACAAGAAGCUUCAGUUCUAUACCAAUGUUAGAGACACUGUCGCUUCAUUAAGUGUGCGGAAGGAUUCAGGCGCUCAAAAAAGUAUCAGUAAGAAAACUAAAAGGCGAAAGAAUAAGUUGAAAGCAUAUGAUUUAUCAACUCUGAUAGAAUGCCUUCCAGAAUUGAAGACGUCGACUCCAAAACUGCAAGCCGCACCAAAAUUACUGAAUUGCAGAGCUAGACAACAGUUGGUAUUGAAAGAAACAGUUCGAUUGAAUAGCAUUCUGAAUGAUCCAAGUUAUCAGGCAAAUCCACUGGCAUCCAUUCAUGAGCACUUGCUGAGUACACAGCCUGCUGAAGAGAAACCUGAGAGAAAGAAAGGUAGCAGCAAUGACAAAAAGAAGAACAAGAAGAAGAAAAGGUCUAAAGCCAUUUCAUCUAAACCUCAAUUGAUGGAGUUCUGAUUGUAUUUUAAAAGGCAAAUUAUAUGCAAUCUUUUCUAAUCCAACAAAGGUUCUUAAAAAUUACAUAUAAAAUGUUGGAAGAUUUUGAUUUUGAUAUAUUGAAGCAUCAAGACAAUUACUCUUUAAUUGGAUUUGAUCAAAUUUGUCA